AUGGCGACCUCUGGUGUGCCCCCCAAGACUGCAGUGGGACGACACCUUGAGGAGGCCACGCACACCCACCUCUCUCUUCUCGGAGGUCUGGUUAAUCGCCAGAGGCUGGAGCUCAGGGAACUCCGGCGUGCAGUGGAGGAACUCUCUGGAAGUCGAGAUGGAACACUGCUGUGGAAGCUCACGGACUUCAGCCAACGGCUACAGGAAGCUAAUAGCAGGACUUCUGGGAGUUUGGAAUUGUUUAGUCCCGCCUUCUAUUCCCAUAACUAUGGUUACCAUCUGCAAGUGUCCGCCUUUCCCAAUGGGAACGGCAGUGGCGAGGGCUCUCACUUGUCAAUCUACAUUCGUGUUCUACCAGGAGAGUAUGACGGGCUGCUAGAGUGGCCUUUCCCUUACCGCGUUUCCUUCUCGCUCUUGGAUCAGAGUGACCCGGCGCUCAUCAAACCUCAGCACGUCACAGAGACCUUCAGCCCAGAUCCCACCUGGAAGAACUUCCAGAGACCACGGCCUGGAGCUCUGGGAAGUGUUCGUGAGGGCUGUCUGGAUGAGAGCAUGCUGGGCUUCGGCUACCCAAAGUUCAUCUCCCAUGAGGAGAUGAAGAAAAGGAACUAUAUCAGAGGCAACACUAUUUUCAUUAAAGCCUCCAUAGAUGUUGUCCAGAAGAUACUGAACUCUUGAGUUCUGAAAUAAAUGUUAAAUAAUGUGAAAAAUAUUCACUUCUGGCCCUUUUUGCUUAUAUUCGGAAUAAAGACAUAUAAUGUUUUGUUUAAAUAUAAUCAGGGCUUUUCUACAAAUUAAGGAUAUUAAGAUACUGAGAAGAAUAAGAAAUACAAAUUCAUUUGUGAUUUGCGUGUAUUUUUCUGUAAUGUUUUUUUUUCUUCAAAUAAUUCAACAUGACAUUAAAAAUU